AAGCGAGGUUUCUGAUGGUCUGAUAUCUGCAUCCAGUGAGACUUAGGAUCAUAUGGCGUGGCCACGUUUGCGGGAAACGGGAUACGGGAAACUUCUCGAUAAGGCUAGACACUGAACAAUGUAACCGCAGAGAUAAUUGAGGGGAAAGUACAUUAGAGAUCUUGUACGAUACUCAGUCAGACGACACCCUACGUACCUUCGAUUCCGGGCAAACAAAAAGACUGAUAUCACAGUUGUUUUGUUGUAUCACGAUGAGCGCCUCGAUAUAUACCCCACGACAGCGAGCCACAAAGGCAUGUGACACAUGCCGGUCCCGAAGGACAAAAUGUGACGGGCAAAGACCAAGAUGCCUUUUUUGUAACCAGCAUGACAUAGUUUGCACUUAUCGGACAGCGGAUCCCGCUCCUUCCAGACAAGAUAAAGAACUCGCUGCGAUUCGAGAACGCCUGGAUGAUAUCCAUAGCUUGCUUUCUCUGCGAACCACUCACGUCCCAGCUCAAUCUUCCAGUAACCCUGCAGAACUCCCGAAACAGCUGAGUGAAUACCCCGCGGACGAGUCUAUCAUCAGUCGAAACUGGAGGAGAGAGUUCCCGUUCAUGACGAUCCAGACUCCAUCGAUGAUGUGCCUCUUAGGGCUUGAUUCGAAGUUAGCAGCGCGACUAGCAAUUCUAGAAAGAACAGAGGUAUCCACUUUGGCCCAAUCCGCUGCUGUGCCGGACUUUACGUUUGAUUACCAUGAUGCAGUUAGUGCCUUCAAAACCUUUUGCGAUAAAAUCUACCACUGGUACCCUAUAUUACCUCUGGACUUCUCUGAUACAUACCACAACGAAAUCAUCGUUGGCAAUGAUGCAUCUCUCGACACAUGUCUUGCACUUCUGGUCGCAGCAAUCGGCUCAGUCGCAACCUGUGCAGAUAUCGGAGAAGCAUAUCUUAGCCGGCCGGAUUCAAUUUACAUUGAACGGGCUCUCUCUAUGCUCCCGAGUGUACACUUUGAAUUCAGCUUGAGGAGCGUUCAAUGCUUAGCCCUUCUAAGUAUCUACUACAACGUCAUGGUAAAGCCAUGUCAAGCCCACGAUUAUAUCCUGAUGGCCUCAUGUAAGGCGCAAGCAUUGCUCAAAUGUCACUUGUAUGAUGAGGAUAAACCCACAAUGGAACUCCUUCGGCGGUGUUUUUGGUCAAUCCUCCUUAUUGAAAGCGAACUUGCUUAUCACAUAGACAUGCCGGAGAGUAACGUCUGGAAAUUCGAUGAUCGAAUCCUUCUUCCGGAAACGUUCGACUCUUGGCGGCCAUUCCAUACGAGCCGGCAGCACAUGGUUGAGGACCAGCUCCCGCUCGACACCACCGGCAUGCCUAGUGAAGCGGGGAAAGCUUACUUUCUCGCAGAAAUCUCAAUGUGGCGCAUGGUACGGCGUUGCACUACAUCAGUUACGAUUUCACGCGAGCGAGAGGUUUACGCUCCAAUCAUCGCGGCAGAGCUUGCUCAUCAGCUGGAGAUUUGGUACAGCCACCUUCCCGUGAGCUUUCGGUUUGAGAGACACGGCAAAGUGAUGGGAAGACUGUCAAAGGACACGCAUUGCACACCUCUGACUGCCGCGACGCAUUUUCUGCAGAUGCAGUACUUUCUUUGCCUCACUAGCAUUUACUGGCCAGCAGUAUAUGGUGUGAUAUACAUGGACACACUUACUGAUGCCCCGGUGGCGGAUUGUGCACGUUUCUUUGAGUCCUACUGCAAUUUCGUCACGAGUGCCGUAGCAGCUCUUUCGUGUUGCCCGCAGAGUACGUGGAGCAUAUAUGCCAGCCUUUUUAUAACGACGAUGGCAGCUUUGCGAGGGGCACGGGCGCCAUUACUCUAUCGCUCUGUUUCGCCAUCCCUUAUUCAGCACUUCAUAAACGCUGCCGAGGCGUUCGAAUGUGGGGCUGCUGUGGCAAUAAGCCCCUCGCUGAAGUCCAUUGGCUUAUUACUAAGGGAUCAUGUUAAUGCGCAAGGCUCCCCCGAUAUGUGUUAAGUGUUGGCACUGGAAAGUUAGACUGAUUCGAUCGACUGACAGUUUAUACAAACAUGAAAAGAAGUACUUAGACUGGGAACUCAUGGAGACUCAAGCAUUGGAUAUGCCAUACGUCAUUGGUCGUUGAUAUUUAAAUAAAUUGGCUAGCCAGAGUUAUAAUAAAUGCAACGUCGAAAGAAUGAGAUGCAUUUAUAUUCGAUACUGUCUCAAAGUUCAAGUAAGCUCUUAAGCAGUCCCAGGCGAAAAUAUAUCCAUGACUAAGACGGUAAUAUCCUAAACGAGCUCCUUAAGAUUAUUACUUGCACAGGAUAAACAAGACUGAAGAUUAUAAUUCUAGACUGGCUCUUGGAUUGAUGGAGUCACUCGUCAGGUCGAC